UCAAUGGCCAAUUAAUAGCCUCAUUGAUUUCCCCCCUUGUUGAAAAAAUAAAUAUAAAUAUAAAUUCUAAAUCCAUCCUCUUCUACUGUCUCCCUCUCUUUCUAAAUCUUAACAAAACGCCAACACCAUAACCAAAACGCACACUCACACAGAGAGAAAACUCUUUCUCCUUCUUCUGUAGUUGUUUUCUUCUCUUCCAGAUCUUCGGCGCAGAAGAACCUCCUGAAAUUCGAUCGCUUCAUUCAUUCACGUUUUGCUUUCUUCAGAUUUUCGUCAAUAUUAGAGAUUCUACGUUCGCACGAUUAUGAAGAUGAUGCUAUAGCAGCAGCAGUAGAAUUCGUUAUUGCAAAAGAAGAAGAAAAUGGACGAUAGAGGUAGCUCAUUCGUUGCUGUUAGGAGAAUUCCUCAAGGAGAAACCUGCCAUCCAAAUUCUGCAGAGGUUGUGGCAGGGUCAGCUGCAUGGCUAGGUCGAGGUCUGUCUUGUGUCUGUGUACAAAGAAGAGAUAGUGAUGUUUCUAACACUUUCGAUUUAACCCUAGCCCAGGAGGAAUGCUUGCAGAGGAUACAGAGACGUAUAGAUGUUCCAUAUGAUAGUUCUAUAAUUGAGCACCAGGAUGCCCUUAGGGCUUUGUGGAAUGCUGCGUUUCCUGAAGAAGAACUUCAUGGCUUGAUAUCUGAGCAAUGGAAGGAAAUGGGCUGGCAAGGAAAAGAUCCAUCAACAGAUUUUAGGGGUGGUGGUUUUAUAUCAUUGGAGAAUUUUCUCUUCUUUGCUAGGAAUUUCCCGAAAUCCUUCCAGGUUCUUUUACGCAAGCAGGAAGGAGAUCGAUCAGUGUGGGAAUACCCAUUUGCAGUUGCUGGUGUUAACAUCACAUACAUGCUGAUACAAAUGCUUGAUCUUGAAGCAGUCAAGCCACGCAAUCUGGUUGGAGCAACUUUUCUAAAAUUUCUUGCAGAAAAUGGGUCAGCUUUUGAUCUUCUCUAUUGCAUAACUUUCAAGCUAAUGGAUCAUCAAUGGCUUACUAUGCGUGCCUCAUACAUGGAUUUUAAUGCAGUGAUGAAAGAAACACGACGUCAGCUAGAGAAAGAGCUUCUCAUUGAAGACAUAGCCCGGCUUGAAGAUUUACCCUCAUACAAAUUACUUUCCCGAUAAUACCAGUCCCAAAAACCUGUCACUCCUAUUUUUCGCCAAGAGGCUUUUGUAUAUGAUGUGAUGUGAUGCUCCUCCUAUCAUAAUUUUCACUCCUGUCAAUUCAGCAUUUUUAGUAACAUUUCAGCAAGAAUGAGCUAUAACAUGUAAAACUGAUGUGAGCUUUAAGCCUUAUACUUGAUGUCACAAGGUUUGAGAUGGAUGCAGCAGUUAAGCUUUUAGUCUAGUUGAAAGAUGAUUUUGUUGGCCUGACAUGCUGCCAGGAGGCUGAAAUGUAAAUUUGCUUGGUAUUGGGUAUUAAUGAUUUGUGGUUUGCCACUUUACCAAUAUAUUUCCUUGUGGUGUUAUAACUGGCAAUUGCAGCUUGCAGUAAUGUCUUUCAGAUUGCAUCUUCUUGAUCUAGUUUGAUAGACUGCAUAUGUUUGCAGAUGAACUUGCCUAUAAGAGUAAUUGUGAUAUCUAUCCGGAGUUGAUAAAGAUUGUAUUCCUGAUA